UGAAGAGUGAGCGAGCGAGGACUGCGAAACAGAAGAAGUGGAUAAAGUCAUGCGUGUCCUGCUUGGCUGAUCCUCUCUGUGGAACCUGAUUUAUUUGAGUGUUUUGGGAAUGAGUUAGCUGAAUGAAGCAAAGUGGCGAAAAUGGUGUCGGAUUUUGCCGAGAUUAAGCAGGAUUGCUUGAAAAACAACAAACUUUGGGAGGAUACCGACUUCUCAGCCGUUCAAGAGUCUGUUUUUUACCAUCAAACCCCGCCAUUUGCAUUCGAAUGGAAGAGACCCAAGGAAUUUGGCACAUCGAUAAACUUCAUCGCACCCCAAGGCAAAAUCCACCCUGGUCAAUUUGGCGAUCAUUGGUUGGCGUCUUGUUUUGGUUGUUUGCGUCAGGUUGAGGGGCUUUUUUACCGAGUGGUUCCUGCGGAUCAAACCUUUGAAGAGGAUUAUUGUGGCAUUUUCAGAUUCCGAAUCUGGUGGCAUGGAGAAUGGAGGGAAGUUUGUGUGGAUGACCGCCUACCUGUGGUUGGAAAUAAGUUGGUGUUCAUGAACGACCUGGGCACGCCUCAAUCCCAGUUUUGGCCCUCGUUGCUCGAAAAGGCCUACGCCAAAUUACAUGGUUCCUAUGAGGCCUUGAAAUACGGGACCUUCGGCGAUGCACUCUCCGAUUUGACGGGCGGGGUGGCUGAAAAUAUCCAAAUUGACAAAAACCUUAAUCAAACUCUAUCUUGGCUUGAAAAUUGCCUUCGAAUGACCUCCAUCGUCACGUGCAAGAUCAUCAUAGAGGGUGCUAAAAAAGCGGAGGAAGCGUUGCAUCACGGCUUUUUUCCCAACGAAUCAUACAAGAUUUUAGAGGUUCAUAAAGGUCCACAAACCGAUGACGUCGUGCUGACACUAAGACCCAGCACAAGUCUUCACAAGUACAACCAAGGUCUUAUCGUUGACUCCCAUGGGAACAUCAAACUGUCCCUUGCCAAAUGGACACGGAUCUUCACUCACUUGGACGUUAUUCACUUGGACAAAGAGACUGCGGCUGACGAGCCAAGCUUAAAAUCAAGGCGUCCUUGGAAUGUCAAAGUAUUUCAAGGCUAUUGGAGGCGCGGGGUCAAUGCUGGAGGUUGCAGGAACUACGACUCAUUCCAUAUUAACCCUCGUCUUCAAAUUACGAAUCUCAGUGACGGAUAUUUGGUCAUAUCUGUAUCGCAGUACAACGUCACCGAACCGCAGGUAAUUGGAUUCACGGGUUACGAAAUCACGGACGAAAUUCACGCCGACUCCACGGACCCAAAGUUCUACAAAACCCGGAAGUCGCUCAUCAACUCCCAAUACACCAAUGCUAGACAGGUCACGGAACGGGCUUCAUUUAAUUCUGGAGUCUAUCUGGUGCUGCCAACCACAUUUGAACCGGGCAGUGAAGCCCAGUUCAUCUUUAGGAUCUAUUCACAACAACCAGUCAAGUUAAAGCAACAAGAAGUAGCUCCAGUAAUGCUCAAAACCCCUUGGGUGACGGCCAAGGACGCCCAAAAGAGUUUGAGUCAGUAUCAGGGGAUUUUCUUGAAAAUCGCCGAUCAACAGAAGUCCGUGAAUCCAUUUGAAUUACAAGAACUCUUGGAGAUUUGCCUGCCAAAUGAUUACAUCAAGAGUUGUGCCACCGUGGACAUUUGUCGGCAAGUGGUCAAGGUGUUUGACGAGGACCACGUGGGUCGGUUGAACUUCCAGGAGUUCAAGAAUCUCAUCUGUAGCAUCAAGCUCUGGCAAUCAGUGUUCAAGAACCAUACGAAAGAAAAGACGGGAGCCUUAAAGGUCGAGCGGUUCAAGGACGCGUUGGAAGAGCUAGGGUUCAAGCUCAACUCGUCAAUCCUCUCGAAUCUCGUGUUCAAGUACAUCAGGAAAGAUGGCACUUUACGAUUUGGUGAUUUCGUAGGCGCAGUGCUGAGUCUGACAUCUGUAUUUGAAUUUGUUGGCAAGAAGGGGGAUGAUUCAUCACUAGGAUUUUUGAAACUGGCCACCACCGAGUUGCUGGAAUUGGCCAUUUAGAAAUAAAAGGUUGAUUUGGACAAAGGUGGAGCCACAAGUACCUGAUCGAUUGUUUACCGCGAGGUUCCCGAAACUAGUUCAUUUUUUUGAAUUUUUUUAUGUCGCGAAUUCGUACCCCUUCGUUAUCAAUUAUCUAAAGAAUGAAUAUAAUGCACUUGAUAAAUGA